UUGCUGCAAGACAACAAUGCUACCAACUGCACCACUGUGCAGCCCACAUGAUAAAACUAAACACAGAAAAUAUCCAACGUUGACCUGGGCGGAGAUUUUAGCAAGACAGGACACAUAACUCUGAAGGAAAGCUCAUUAAUGCAAGAGUAACAGAGAGAAAACUGGUUUAACACGUUAUAAUUAUAUAACUUCUUUCCCCAUGCAACCUUCAAGAAAAUUAAUCAUAAUAUCAAAGUGAUUCUAAAUACUGAAAUGCAUUUUACUGCAUUUGAAUCUAUCUGAAUGGAUUGAUUAUGUAGUUCUAAGUCUGUUUGUCUUUUAAAAAGUACCUUAAGAAAUUUGUUGUAAGUUUCCCCAAUUAUAAAGCAAUGAAUAAAAUGAAAUUAAAAGGAUGAAUGUGACCUAGUGAUUUUAAGGCAGCAGGUAUGUAAUUUUCCAUCAAUACCUCUUCAUUAACCACUACCUUAUCAUGGAGUUCACUCUGCAACAACAACCUCUGUCCUCCAGAGUACUAAUAACAGCAAUAAAAGCCACUCCCAUCUGUCAGUUAAACAGAAGGGAGUGGCUGAUAGCAGCUCCAGCAAAGGUACGUGUGACAUGUUCAUUUCCCUAAAGGAAGAGUCACACAGUAUUACUGAAACUCUGCAGCAGAAAGAUCAGAUGGAUUCUGCUAAAUUAACUUGUUGUAUUUGUUUGGAUCUCCUGAAGAGUCCGGCGACUAUUCCCUGUGGACACAGCUACUGUAUGAACUGCAUCAAAUCUUGCUGGGAUCGGGAAGAUCGGAAAGGAGUCUACAGCUGCCCUCAGUGCAGGAAAAAGUUCACAAUGAGGCCUGGCCUGGUGAAAAACAUUGUGUUAGCAGACUUGGUGGAGGAUCUUAAGAAGACUGGACUACAAGCGGCUCCGGCUGAUCACUACUAUGCUGGACCUGAAGAUGUGGCCUGUGAUGUCUGCAGUGGGAGGAAGAUGAAAGCUGUAAAGUCCUGUCUGGUCUGCUUAGCCUCGUUUUGUGAGAAACACAUCCAACCUCAUUAUGAGUCUUUUACUUUUAGUAAACAUAAACUUGUUGAAGUUUCAGCAAAGCCCCAGCAGAACUUCAGCUCUCGUCAUGAUGAGGUGAGGAAGAUUUUAUUUGAUAAAUAUAAAAGAGAUCCAAAUGCAGCAGAAAGGACAGAGAAGCCAGAGUUUGAAGUAAUGCGACAACAACUCAAGCAGAGACUUCAGAACCGAGAGAAAGAUGUGAAACUGCUUCCGCAGAAGAUGAGAGGCAUCAGCGUCUCUGAUGAUAAAGCAGAGGAGGACAGUGAGGCGUCACUUCCCUCCUCGGACAAAAAGAGGGUGAAGAGCAGACCUUUAUCAGUGCCGUUACCUCCUGGUCCAGACCCAGUCCCAGUUGGUGGUGUAGCUCCAAACAUGAAGAAAUUGAUCAAAAUCUUCAACAAAGACAAACCAGCACCUGUUCCCACCUCCACUCCAACAAAGAUUUGUGGGAAAUGUGGCAAGGAUUUGUCCAGCACUCAGCCAGCUUUGAAGGCAAUGGGCAAAGCCUUCCACCCCAGCUGUUUCUGCUGCAUGAGCUGUCACCGCCCCUUGCAGGGCAUGCAGUUUUAUGACAAGGAAGGCUCACCAGAAUGUAAACGUUGCUAUGUGACUUCCCUGGCUUCCUGCUCUCAAUGUGGAGAGAAAAUCACUGACCAUAUCCUGAAGGCCAUGGGAAAGUGCUUCCAUGUCCGAUGCUUCCUGUGCAGCACCUGCUCCUGCACACUGGAUGGACUCCCAUUUAUUGCAGGUGAAGACAACAAGCCCUACUGCGUACAGGAUUACCACAAGCAUUUCUCUCCUCAGUGUGAAACCUGUAAAGAACCCAUUGUUCUGGCUCCGGGCAGUGAGGAAAGGGUAAAACUGGUGGCUCUGGGAAAGAACUACCACAUCGAGUGUUACCAAUGUGAGGACUGUGCUCAUCCAUUUUCAUCUGAAGUAGAUAAAUAUCAAGGUUAUCCUCUGGAUGGCAGGUUUCUGUGUAUUAAGUGUCACACUAAGAGAACCAGGAAGUGAUUGACUGAUGCAGGAUCUUUGGGUUGGACUAAAUUUAAAAGCAUCUGUAUUCAUUGAAUUCCUAAUUUCCCUUCACAAUUAUUUUUGAUAACUUCAUACAAGUUUUGCAAUGAAUUAAUACAUGUUUGUUGCAGAUCUCAUAUAAGUCUUCCAACCAAGUUUGUUGUUAAAAAUACAUCAUGUUUUAAUGCACUUAGUAGAUUGUUGAAUACAAAUACUUGUUUUCAAAAACACAUAGUCAAAUUCAACAAUAUGUGUUCAGAUGAGGCUCAUUUGUCUCAUUAAAAGUACCAUUUUGACAAUAAUCUUUAAUUUGGUGUUAGACGUACUUUUCAUUAAGUCCAUAUUUCUGUAUUAGAAUGUUUGUUUUGCCUGAUAUAAUAUUCUAAUCUUAAAUGUUAUGUUUUUUGUUAGCUGUAAGCAUAAAAUCAUCAUGAUCAAUAAAAAUCAAGGUUUGAAAAAAUCAUUCUGUGAGUAAUUAACAACAGUUAGAGAACUGAAAAUUAUACUAAGAGUAUUGCAGCAUAUUUUUGUUGGUCAUCAAAAAGACCAACUAGAUGAAUAUACGGGUUCUGGUACUUAGAGUGACAAAAUAAUGAAGAAAAAAUAAACUUGAAUAUAAAAUACAUAUUUCAGCAGAAGAAACUGACAUCCAAAUAUGAGUUUUACACAACAUAAAAUUCUUUAAACCAAGACAGCAGCAGCUGGUGGUGUAGACAAGCUAAAGCAGUGCAACAUACUUCCAGUAGAAAUGCCUUUUACUUGAUCUGUAACAUUAACACACACAAAUGAUUUUGUAAGAUAAAUACAACAAAGCCUGAAAACUGACUGAAUACUUCUGGAGAUAGCAGGUGAAAGUGAGAUAAAUGUAUGUUUCUACUGUAAACUUAAACUUGACUUUGACCUGUCGUAAAGCAAACAGAGAGAACCACUCCCUUCUCUGCAACACAAAGUUCAGAUCUGACAGUCUGACAAGUUAUUUCCUGGUUCCUCCCAUUUAAAGGUGAGGGCUUGGUAGAAUUGCUGUACUGUAAAGAGCAGGAACUGACAACUGGUGAGUACGCAGAGCAGUGAGGAAUAAACAUGGA